AUGUUGGUCUAUUUUUGGGAACCCUGUGAUUUUAAUAAUAAUUUGGUGACCAAUGGACCAAAUAAAAUCAUCAUUCAUCAUGUAGAUGACAAUAGUAAAAGUAGGGGUACCUUUGGAUUCACCAGAGCAAAUAGUAGUAGUGGUGGUAGUAGUAGUGGAAGUGGAAGUAGCAGUAAUAGUAGUAAAAAUAAUGUAUUGGCGGAUACACAAAAUACAGCUACAGCCACAGCAGCAUCUUCAGCACAAGAGGAUUCAUUGGAUGGUAGCUCAUCCAAUAAUACUCCAAAAUUAAAUAGAUCAAAAUCUUCACCACAUAUGGAUGUUGCACAAGGUGGUGGACAAUCACAUUCACCAUCAACAACCCCACCACCACCUUCUUCUUCGACAGUUAUUCAACCAGUAAACACAACUACCAUAUCAUCAUCUUCACAAAAUAAUAAUAAUAAUAAUAAUAAUAAUAAUAAUAAUAAUAAUAAUAAUAAUAAUAAUAAUAAUAAUAAUAAUAAUAAUAAUAAUAAUAAUAAUAAUAAUAAUAAUAAUAAUAAUAAUAACAAUAAUAACAACAAUAAUAAUAAUAAUAAUAAUAAUGGCUACAAUCAUCAUCAUCAUUAUCAUCAAAAAACAUUUUCCCCGUCAUUUACAUCCGAAAAAAGUCAUAUAGCUUUGCCAACAACAUUUGAUACCAAAAAUUUUACAACUCCACGUUCAUAUAAUUUACCUCCUCUUACAUAUUCAAACAAUACAAACAUUAACAACAAUAGCAAUAACAACAUUAACAAUAAUAAUAGUAAUAGCAUUAAUUACAUAAGUAGCAGUACAAAUAGUAUGCAAAAUACUAUAAAAUACAAUAAUAACAGCACUAACAAAAUUUAUAAACCCCAAUUGGUUAGUUAUAAAUCUCAACCAAAUUUAAAUAGUUCUGAACCUCAAGGCUCAGUAAAUUUUUCAAAACCAUUUAAUAGUGGUAAUAGCAACUAUUACCAAAAUAGUGGUCAUUAUCGUAAUUAUAAUAGUAACAACAACAACAAUAAUAAUAUAUAUAGCAAUAAUAGUAAUAAUUUAAAUAGUAGUACUAGUAAUAUUUAUAAUAAUAAUAAUAGCAAUAAUGGUGGUGGAUUUACAUUUCAUCACAUUGUAAAUAAUCAUCAUCAAACAUAUGAAAACGAUCCAUUAUCGUCUUCCUCAUCUUCAUCAAUUUUAUCAUCAUCAUCUUCAUCUUCGUUAUCUUGUUCAUCUUCAUCAAAUUAUUUUACAAAUUAUAAUCAACAAUCUGAAUCUUUUAAUCAAUUUUCAAGUAUUGCUGAAUCAUCAAAUAAUAAUGAAGAACCAUUCGAAGGUGAUGGCCAAUUUCCACCAUUACCAAACAAAUCAAAUAAAUUUGGUAGAUCAACAUCUCCAACACUUUGUAUAAAUACAAAUAAUAAUAAUAAUAAUAAUAAUAAUCAUAAUAAUUUCUCAUCAUCAACUCAAUCAUUAUCACCUAUCCCUAUUAUAGUAUCUUCAUCACCAUCUUCAACUUUACAACAACCAACUCUACAACCAAUUCAAACAUUAAAUCAACCAAUUCAACAACCAACUCUACAACAACAACAACAACAACAACCACUCCAACAACUCCAAAUCCAAACCCAACAACUCCAAACCCAACAACCAUAUUCACCAACAUCAUCAACAAUACCAUUAACAUCAUCAUUACCAACUACACCAACUAAUUUACCAGUUUUACCACCAAGUAUACCGACAUUGGCAGCAUUAAUUUCACCACCAAUAAAUCCACAAGCAUCACCAUCAACCAAUUCAACCAAUGAUGAUACAUCAUUGAAAGAGAAAGCAAAAGGAUUAGUACCAGUUAAAAGAGGUAAGGAUUCAACAGCAUCUUCAAUACUACCAUCAUCAUCAUCAUCAUCAUCAUCAUCAUCAUCAUCAUCAUCAUUGUCAUCAUCUUCUUCGACAUCCUCAUCAACAUCACCAAGUGGUGGUUUAAUAACAGGAGGAUUUUUGAAUCAAAUCAAUUCGAUCAAAAAUAAAAACAAUGGUAAUUUGGCACAACAACAAGCUCAACAACAGCAAUCACAAGCACAACAACAGGCUCAACAACAAGCCCAACAACAAAAAACAUUAAAAGGUUCAACAUCGAUCUCAAAUCGUGCAGACUUGAAAGCACAAUUUAGAAAAACAUUCUCUGAGCCCGCAUUACCUGGAAUUACAGUUCCUCACAAUAAAGAGGAGAUCGUAUUACCCUCUAGAAAAGGUUUCACUGACCCAUCGAGAAAAGUAAAAGUUCCAAAUCCUGAUAAACUCUUGGGAAAAGAAAAAAAGAUCUCUUUCUUUGAAUCUCUAAAAAAUGAAGACAAUAAGAAAUUAUUAUCUUCAGAUUGUAAUAAUAGUAAUAUCGAUUUAGAUAAAACCUCAACAACAACAACAACAUCAACAACAAUAACAAAUACUGUCACAAUAAUAACUGAAAAAGAUACCAUAUCAUUAGAACAACAACAACAACAACAACAACAACAACAACAACAACAACAACAACAACAACAACAACAACAACAACAACAACAACAACAACAACAACAACAACAACAACAACAACAAGAACAAGAACAAGAACAGCAACAACAAAAAUCUUUGGAAAACUGUACAUUACCACCAUCACCAUCUAAAGAGACAAUAUCAAUCAUCACCACCACCACAACAACAGCAGUAAUAUUACAAGAAGCAAAACAACAACAACAAACUACAUCAUCUUUAACCUCUAUCGAUAAAACAAUUAUUAGUGACGAAGAUCACAAUAGUUCAGAAGGUACUGAGGAAGGAGAUGAUGUAUACGAAGAAAGAUUUCUACGAGGAUUGGGAUGGGUCCCAGCCGAUGAAGACCCUGUUUCUGAUUCAGAAAUUGAAGAAAUUAGUCUUCAAAUGAAAACAAUGCAAAAUAAUUUUAAAAGUGGUAAUAGUCAAAUAUCACAACACAUGUAA